GAUUAUAAAUAAAAGCACCCUCUUCUGCUAAUAAACCAGUUUUAAACCUUUUUGUGUACACACUUGCGAACGCGCAAUGACGCACGCUCCCUCAUAAUCGCGCGCGCGGGAAGCAGACGGCGGGAAACAUCCCGAGAGGUGCAGCGCUGACGGAUUUUAUCACACUUCUCUAAAGUCACAUCUGGAUCUACUUUUUCCUUCUGUAUGUGAUCGAUAUAAACAACUCCUCGACAUGUCUUCUUCCUCCACGGAGAUGACAGCGACCACCAAAAUCACUCCUGAGGUUCUCCAGGAACUCCUGCAGUACUAUAACCUCUCCCGGCAGGAAUUCAUCGACACCUACAACAUCCAGCCGCUGGUCUACAUCCCUGAGCUCCCCGCCGGAGUCAAAAGCACGUUUGUGGUGAUGUACGUGAUUAUUUUCGUGCUGGCGCUGGUGGGGAACAGUUUGGUGGUGUAUGUGGUGGUUCGGAAGCGCGCCAUCAGGACCGCCACCAACAUCUUCAUCUGCUCGCUGGCUGUCAGCGACCUGCUCAUCACCUUCUUCUGCAUCCCCUUCACUCUGCUGCAGAACAUCUCGUCCGAGUGGCUGGGAGGGGUUCUGGUAUGCAAGACGGUUCCUUUUGUACAGACCACAGCCAUCGUAACUGGAAUCCUCACCAUGACCUGCAUCGCCAUCGAGAGAUACCAGGGCAUCGUGUAUCCGCUCAAAAUGAAGCGGCAGUACACGCCGAAAAGGGCCUACAGGAUGCUAGGGCUGGUGUGGAUCGCUGCUGUCAUGGUCGGAUCUCCAAUGCUGUUCGUACAACAGUUAGAGGUGAAGUAUGACUUCCUGUAUGACCACCACCAUGUGUGCUGUCAGGAGCGCUGGCACUCCCUGCUGCAGCGCCAGCUUUACACCACCUUCAUAAUGGUGGCGCUGUUCCUGCUUCCGCUAGCCGCCAUGCUGUUCCUCUACAGCCGCAUCGGUGUGGAGCUCUGGAUCCGCAAGCGUGUGGGAGACGCCUCCGUCCUCAGCACCAUGAACCACAGAGAGAUCAGCAAAAUCUCCAGGAAGAAGAAACGAGCUGUAAAAAUGAUGAUCACCAUCGUCCUGCUGUUCACCGUCUGCUGGGCUCCGUUUCAUAUCGUCCACAUGCUCUUUGAGUACAACGACCUGGAGAAGAAAUACAAUGAGGUGACGGUGAACAUGAUCAUCGCAGUGGUGCAGGCCAUCGGUUUCUCCAACUCCUUCAACAACCCCAUCGUCUACGCCUUCAUGAACGAAAACUUCAAGAAGAGCUGCCUCUCCACCCUCUCAUCAUACCUGCGGCGUCCCGUCCAGCAGAGCGUCCCGCGGCAGAACCUCAGCGUACACUUCUCCAAACACCUCAAAACUGAAGCCUUCAGCGGAGCCGAGGAGCAUUUGGAGCCGCAGCACAACCGUCUUCUGUCCUCGUCUCAAGGUGAGCUAGAGAUAUCCACAGCGUUCCCGGAGCAGAACGGACAAACCUCCAGCUCACAGCUUCCUUCCAGCAGCUCCUGCGUGAAAUAAACAUUCAGAGGAGCUCAGAGUCAGGGCAUCUGCACAACUAAAGCCUGGCUCACACUGUGCCACUUCAGACACCAUUUAAGUCAUGGAUUCCUGUGGAUCCCCUUUAAUAUUUCUGGUUUUCUCAGUAGCAGAAGUCGAGUAACAUCUAGAUGGGAUACAGGGCCGGCCGGAAGUGUGAUAUGCACGUCAAUAUAGCAGCAUUUUUUAUAACACUGUAUAACGAUAAUUAGUAUUUUUACAGUACUGUAAGGGUUGGUUUAGUGUUGCGUAGAUGUUAAAAAUCAGAAUUUAUUGGGUAAUCUAAAGGGCACCUAUGGUGAAAAAUCUACUUUCCAAGAUGUUUGGACAGACA